AUGGCCGACGCAAGUGCUAUCCAAAAGCGACCCCGCGGCCGCCCCCGGAAGCAGCAACAAGUCGUUGCCGCAGCCGAAGUCCCCGUCAUCGACAUCGUCAUCGACGCCGCGCUCGCGAAACCCAAUAAACCAGCUCCAACAAAAACCAAGAAACUCAAAGACGAGAAGCAAAUGGUUUCAAGCGCCAAACCCGCCCCAGACAAGAAAACGACGAAGAAAAGUACCGCGUCCAGCGGGACCAAUGGCAGCGUGACAAUUACCAAACGAAAGGCGGCAACGACAAAGCAGACAGCGGCGGACCCACCCGCGGCGGCGGCCGCAGCGUCGAUCACACCUCCGAGCUCUGCUCCGCAAGCUUCAUCCACGUCCACUCGACUGCAGCAGCGACGCAAAGCCGCCGAGCCAAUUCCCGGCCCUUCCAUCGAACCGACGGGAACAAUUCCAAGCGGGACGAAACCCGUCGAGGAGGCGAUCGCCACGGCUACGAACCGUUCGAAGAUACUGAGCGAGCUCGCGGCGCAGGGAUCACUGCCAUUGCAGCGCGAGGAAAAGGACUCGGGAACGGAAGCUGCGCGCGCUGAGGAAGGGCGACAAGCUCAGAGGGCACUGCUCUGUGAUACUCUGCAACAGGAGGAGGUACACGCGCAAGUUGCAGUAAGAGACGAGCUCCAGAGGCAAGAGGAGCUCGCGCGCACUGCUUCUGCGUCUGCCGCAACGCAAUUUACCCUCUCCGGACGCAGCACUCAGACGGAGGACGCUGCUGCUGGCCCCGCGCAACUCGAACCGCACACCUCACCGGCCUCUGCUAUCACGCCGCCACCACCACCGCCAACCACAGCCGCGCUCAGUACAAUUCCGACACCACCAACCCAAACCACCCCAAUAACAAUGGCCGGCCAACAACAACCACCGCCACCGCAACCCUACCGAGCAUCCCCACGCCAAGCACGCCCUUCACAACCGCCAGCGCCAGCAGCACCAAAACCGGUGGAGGAGGGGCAACCCUGGGAGCCGCCGCAGGUGCGGCAGUGGCGGCAGAAGCAAGAGCAACAACGGCAGAGCAAGUGGAAGCCCGUCGAGCCGCUGCCGCUCAAGUACAAGCCGGCGGCGCGACGGGUGACGCUCGCCAUGGUGGCGGCGCCGAUUGCCAUUGUGACGAGCUGGGCGCUGUACGAUCGACUGGUGCUGGGCAAGGAGCGCAAAGAAAUGCCACGGGUGGCUCCGAGCCUGGCGAACGCGAUGAAGGAUAGAGAUGCCGAGGAUAAGAAGAUGUAG